ACGACGGACCAACUAGCGGGAGUGCGGUUGAGACAGACAAAAAUGUGGAAUAGGCCGGGCAAACACUUUUCUGCCUCCAGAGACCCACGGGUGUCUUCUCGCAGAUGGAAAAUCUGAGAAGAGAUAAAUCAAGAGAUGAGGAGGAAGGGAAAAUGAGCGAUGGUCCAGACUCCAGAGGGGCAUUAAACGCAGCAACGACCCGAACUGACCGGCAUUCAUGUCCCGCGUCCUGCUCUCCUGCCUCUCGUCCCCGUGAAGUAGACUGCAAAGAAGGACGACGUCGUCACACUCGCACGUACGCAACGCAAAGAAAGGCAACCAACACCGCACUGCGCGCACAACAGCGCUGCUACCGUCUGGCCACCAUCGCAACGCGAGGCAGAAGGCACCACCGGCCGGUGCGCGCCUCACAGGACCCAAGAAAACCCUACGCUGGAGUACCAGCUAUCGUUCGAGUUUCGACCACCGCAAAUCCCAACGGAAAGUGGCAAUUAUUCAUAGAGGAGUGACAGCAGUAAGUCCCAGAGCGAGAGCUCGAUCCGUAGCCAUGGUGUCGUCUCCGUCCCCUUCUCCUACCUUCCCGACCGUGGCCUCCGAGACGAAGCAGCGUGCGGGUGUCGCGACGACGGCCUCGGAUAAGCUGGACCAGAAGUACGCGCACUCCGCGACGCCGCUGCACAGCCACGGCGGCGGCGGCGCCAGGAAGACGCCGCGGCGAGGGAAGAGCGAAGGCGGCGGCGCGGACUCGGCGGCGGCGUACGUGGCGGCAGUGUCCUGCUCCGACUGCCGCUUCAAGCAGCGGGUCCUGGCGCCCGCGUCGCCGGGAGCCGUCAUCCGCUCGCUGUUCGGCUCCCUCACCAGGCGCUCCACACCACGCUCCUCACCGUCUCCAUCUCCGACGUCUACGGCCUCGGAAGGCGACGGUGGCGAGCAGUGGCGCCUGGCCGCGGCCGACCUCUCCCGGCGCCUGGCCGCGGCCACGCGCACCCGGGACGACGCGGUGGAGGAGACCGCGCGGCUGAAGCACUCCCUCGCGGAGCUGGAGCUCAAGCUCGCGCGCCUCGAGGCCCGCGUGCUCCCCACGCCGUCCGCAGCCGCCGCCUUCCCCGUGGAGUCCUUCCUCCGCGCCGUCUCCACGGCGCGCGCCACCGUGCGGAACCUCACGCGCGCGCUCUCCACCCACCUCCGCAGCCCCGCUGCCGCGAGCCCCGGCGCUCCGAACCUCGAGAGCUUCCUGAACCGCGCCUUCCACGCGGACUUCGAGCUGGACACGGACGGCGACGCCGGCCUCCACACGGCGGACCCGGCGGGCCGGUGCGCGGCCAACCUCGCGGCGUACCACGCCGUGGCGGCGCUGACGUGGGAGGAGGUGCUCCUCCACGGCACGAAGCACUACAGCGAGGGGCUCAGCCGGUUCUGCGACGCCAAGAUGAGCGAGGUGGUGUCGUCCCAGGGCUGGGCGCGCGCGCGCCCGUGGCCCGAGCCGCUGCUGCAGGCCUUCUUCCUGGCCGCCAAGGCCGUGUGGGGGGUGCGCCUCCUGGCCCACUCCGUCCACCCGCCGCUCCCCGUCGUGCGCGUCGACCGGGGCGCGCGCUUCGACUCGCGCUUCAUGGAGGACGCCGCGGCCGCGCGCGCCGGGCGGCUGGAGCCUGCCAGCGUCAAGAUGAUGGUGGCGCCGGGGUUCCACGUGUACGUCGCCGGCGCCGGCGUGGUCAAGUGCAAGGUCGUGUGCUUCUACAACAACAACGGCGGCAGCCGCACCGGUGGCCACAGAGAUGGCGGGAGCAGCGUCAACGGCGGUGUGGGGCUGGGGAGUAGCUGUAGCGAUGUGAAUGGGGGUGUUACGGUCUUACGGAUGCGGUGAAGGGCAACAGCAGUCGAGUAUAGUUGAAAGACACGGCGAAUUUUUACUUGUUUGGUGAUAGCAGUGGACCUGCAUUUGAUUGAUUUGUGAAUAUUUGGUGGCUUGAUCUCGAUCGGUUUCUGUUCAUUUUGCUCUUGUAAGUC